AUGGCGCUCUCGAACAUCCUCUCUUUGAGCUUACUGCUGCCAUUGACGAUAGCUAUUGAUCCACCCCGUCAACCCCGUCAACCUCUUGGGAAUGGCGAGACGCUCCUCACAUACAACGUCACUACUCCGACAGCACUGUACCGACCGACCGCUCCCAAAGACGUAGACUGGAUCUCUGGCGAGCAAGACGGACAAUACAUCACCACCAACGACGAUGGAGCUCUUGUCUUGGAGAACAUCGUCACCGGCGACAGCAAUGUCUUCAUCGAUGCAGCAAAGGUCCCCGAAGACUACCACGAGUACUGGAUCUCACCAGAUCAAGAGAGGGUUCUGUGGGCUGUGAACUACACCAAGCAAUAUCGGCAUUCGUACUUUGCCGACUAUCUCAUUCAGGAUGUGCAAAGUGGGGAGACAACACCUUUGGUAGAGGGUCAGGUCGGAGAUAUUCAAUAUGCCGAGUUCGCUCCAGCAGGCGGCGCGAUUGCGCUCGUUCGUGGGAACAAUCUGUACAUCUAUGGCAAUGACAGUAAGGUCACACAGAUCACCGAUGAUGGUGGUCCGGACAUGUUCCACGCUGUGCCGGACUGGGUCUACGAAGAGGAGAUCUUUGGUGGAAGGUCCGCUCUCUGGUUCUCUCCGGAUGGAAAAUAUGCUGCUUUCCUCAGCGCGAACGAGACUGGCGUGGGGACGUUCACCUUCCCGUACUACAUGGAUGACUCUGAAGUCGCCCCGCCAUACCCUCGCGAGCUGGAUUUGAGAUAUCCCAAGGUGGGCACCACGAACCCAACAGUGGAGAUGAACAUGCUCGACAUGUCCACAAUGGAGUACACCAACGUCCCAAUCACUGCUUUCGCAUCGAACGACACCGUCAUCGGCGAGGUCACCUGGAUGACCGAAGGCCACUCCGGUGUGAUUUAUCGAGUGUUCAAUCGCAUUCAGCGUUUGGACAAGCACGUCUUGGUGAAUCCAACCACUGGCUCAUCGGAGGUCGUCCGCGAGCGCGAUGGUACGGAUGGCUGGCUUGAGAAUAAUGCGGUCAUGGCUUAUGUCGGCCGUGUCGCCAAUUCCACCGGUGACUUCUACCUCGACCUUUCCGACGAGAGCGGCUGGAAUCACAUUUAUUUAUACCCUGUGGCGGGUGGCGAUGCCAUCCCCAUCACCAAAGGAGAGUGGGAAGUCACGGCGAUGCUGAAAGUUGACACCGCCCGCAGCCUCGUCUACUACCUCAGCACCGAGCACCACUCAACAGAGCGCCAUCUCUACUCCAUCAAUUACGCCACCGGCGAAAAGACCGCUCUCGUCGACGACACCAUCCCCGGCCACUGGUCCGCCUCCUUCUCCUCCGCAGGCGACUACUACAUCCUCUCCUACCAAGGCCCCGACGUGCCCUACCAAGAAGUCUACUCACUCAACUCCACCACCCCGCUCUCCACUCUCGUCUCCAACUCUGCUCUCCUGCAGAACAUCUCCUCCCUCCACCUCCCGAACAUCACCUACUUCGAGCUCCCGCUCCCCUCCUCCAACUUCACCCUCAACGUCAUGCAACGCCUGCCUCCCAACUUCGACCCGACAAAGCAGUAUCCCGUCCUCUUCACUCCCUAUGGCGGCCCCAACGCUCAAGAAGUCAGCAAACGCUUCCAAACCCUCACCUGGCGCGCGUACAUCGCCUCCGACCCGGAACUCGAGUACAUUACCUACACCAUCGACAACCGCGGCACGGGCUUCAAAGGUCGUGCGUUCCGGUCCGCCGUCACAGACCACUUGGGACGUCUGGAAGCUCAAGACCAAAUCUGGGCGGCCAAAGAACUACUCUCUAUGCACUCCUUCCUCGACGCCGAGAGGGUGGGGAUUUACGGACAUUCCUUUGGUGGCUACCUCUCUGCCAAAGUCCUCGAAGCCGACUCGGACGUCUUCUCCUUCGCUCUCAUCGCCGCCCCAGUCACAGACUGGCGCUUCUACGACAGCAUGUACACGGAGCGAUACAUGCAGACCUUCUCGCAGAACGAAGCGGGAUACAACGAGACGGCGGUUCGGAACGCGACUGGAUUCGCGAACGCGAGGGGCGGGUUCCUGAUUGCGCAUGGAACUGGUGACGACAACGUUCAUUAUCAGAAUUCGGCGGCGUUGGCAGAUUUGCUGGUCGGAUCGGGCGUGGGUCCGGAUCAGAUGAGUAUGAUGGCGUUUACGGAUAGUGAUCAUUCGAUCACGUAUAACGGCGCGAGCGAUUGGUUGUAUAAGUAUUAUACGAAGCAUUUGUUUCAGGAGAAGAUGAGGAAGACGGACGGGGAGGUGGAGGGGCAUCAGUGGGUUAGGAGGAUGGUGUUGGAUGGGUCGUCGUAG